AUGUCGGUCGCGACCAUGAAACCUCACAACUCGGUGAGAUUUGUCAAGAAUGAACGCGACACUACGCGUGUGGGUGAGAACUAUGAUCGAAACAACGAAGUUCGCAUCAAACUACGCCACGAGGCCGUCCAGGAGACAGAUCGCAUAGAUUCUGUCUUUGGAUUCGACAGAUUCACUUCUGGGCCCAAGCGAGUCGGAUGGCUCGUCAAUAUGCAUCCCACGACACUGCCCACCACGGAGGUUCUUGCUGGAAGCUCGGGUGUGGACUACUACUUUUUGGACGAGGAAGGAGGGUCUUUUAAAGCCAGUGUUCAGUAUGAUCCCUAUUUCCUGCUUAUGGUGCAGGAGGAUCGCGCUAUUGAGGUGGAAGAGUAUUUGCGCAAAUUUCUGGAAUCCACAUUAAAGCGCAUUUCGUGGGUCGAGAAAGAGGAUCUGGGCCUUACAAACCAUUUGAUCGGCCUCAAAAGACAACUGUUGCAACUCAGUUUCCAUAACGUUUCGGAUCUUUUGGAAGCCAGACGACAACUCCAGCCAAUCAUCCAACAGAACAAGUCGACCAAGACAAGCAAAGAUAUUUAUCAGUCGGUAAACCUCAAUUACAGCUCGUUUAUGAAGCACAAUGGUGACGACGUCGAGGUGGAGCGCAAGGUCGGAGCCAUUUCCGAUUUAAUUGAAGACAUUAGAGAAUACGACGUGCCCUACCAUGUGAGAGUGUCCAUUGACCAGAACAUCCGUGUUGGAAAGUGGUACACUGUCGAAGUGGAUCAGGGUAAGGUUUCUUUACGCGAACGCAAGGACAAACUUGCCUUUGCCGACCCGGUCGUUUUAGCAUUCGAUAUCGAGACAACUAAGGCAUCUCUAAAAUUCCCAGAUAGCUCUGUUGACCAGAUCAUGAUGAUUUCCUAUAUGAUUGACGGAGAUGGAUAUCUGAUCACGAACAGAGAGAUCAUCAGUGAAGACAUUGAGGACUUUGAGUACACUCCCAAGCCAGAAUACCCAGGAAUGUUCACCAUUUUCAACGAGCCAAACGAAAAGGCAUUAAUAGAACGAUUUUUCGAGCAUGUGAGGGACGUGAGACCAACGGUGAUUGCUACUUUCAACGGUGACUUUUUCGAUUGGCCGUUUGUGGAAGCAAGAGCAGCCUACCACGACCUGGACAUGUACAAGGAGAUUGGGUUUGCCAAAGACAACGAAGGCGAGUAUAAAAGUACUUAUUGUGUUCACAUGGACUGUUUCAGAUGGGUUAAAAGAGACUCGUAUCUACCUCAAGGAUCACAAGGUUUGAAAGCAGUCACCACCGUGAAACUGGGAUACAAUCCUACCGAGCUCGACCCGGAACUUAUGGUUCCAUACGCAUAUGAAAGACCGCAAUAUCUUUCUGAGUAUUCGGUUUCCGACGCUGUUGCCACAUACUAUCUUUAUUACAAGUAUGUGCAUCCCUUUAUCUUUUCCUUGUGCACGAUUAUUCCAUUGAAUCCAGACGAGGUACUCAGAAAAGGUACCGGAACGCUUUGUGAGAUGUUGUUGAUGGUGCAGGCCUACGAGAACGGUAUCUUGCUCCCAAACAAGCACACUGAUCCUCUGGAAAGAUUCUACGACGGCCAUCUUUUAGAGUCCGAGACCUAUGUUGGAGGCCACGUCGAAUCGCUGGAAGCAGGUGUGUUCCGUGCAGAUCUUGCGACCGACUUUAAUGUUGAUCCAACAGCUAUAGACGAGAUUUUAAACGAUCUUGAUAACGCAUUGAAGUUUUCAAUUACAGUGGAAGCGAAAAAGAGCUUGGACGACGUGACAAAUUACGACGAAAUAUAUUCUGCAAUCAAGGAGAAGCUCCUGGAGCUCAAGAGCAACAACAAGCGAAACGAAACACCCUUGAUCUAUCAUGUCGAUGUGGCAUCGAUGUAUCCUAAUAUCAUGACGACCAACCGGUUGCAACCCGAUUCGAUGAAGAACGAGAAGGACUGCGCGUCCUGCGAUUUCAACAGGCCUGGAAAGACCUGCGACAGACGGCUUCCAUGGUCCUGGCGUGGAGAGUUUUAUCCUGCAGAGGCCAACGAGUAUAACAUGAUCAAGAACGCACUCAAGAACGAACAAUUUCCGGCUAAACGUCCUGGUCUUCCUCGCAGAAGCUUUGAAGAGCUUUCUCAGACAGAACAGGUCGCACAUAUCAAAAAACGGAUAUCUGACUACUCCAGAAAAGUGUAUCAUCGUAUCAAGGUGACCGAGACGGUUGAGAGAGAGGCCAUAAUCUGCCAGCGCGAGAAUCCGUUCUACGUCAACACGGUGAGAGACUUCAGAGACAGAAGAUACGAGUUCAAGGGACUUGCAAAAGUCUGGAAAGGCAAGGUUUCUCAAAUCGACAGGGAAGACAAGAACUCGAUCGACGAAGCUAAGAAGAUGGUGGUUCUUUACGACUCGCUUCAAUUGGCCCACAAGGUCAUCCUUAACUCUUUCUACGGUUAUGUUAUGCGGAAAGGUUCCAGAUGGUAUUCCAUGGAAAUGGCUGGUGUCACGUGUUUGACGGGAGCCACGAUCAUUCAAAUGGCCAGAUCGCUGGUUGAGCGCCUUGGUCGUCCCCUGGAGCUGGAUACAGAUGGUAUUUGGUGUAUUCUUCCAUCAAGUUUCCCCGAGAACUACACAUUCAAGCUGAAGAACGGCAAAUCAGUGUUUGUUUCGUAUCCUUGUUCGAUGUUGAACUAUCUUGUUCACGAGAGGUUUACAAAUCACCAGUACCAGAUGCUUGUUGAUCCAGCUCGGUUGAAGUACGAAACGCACUCUGAUAACUCCAUUUUCUUCGAGGUGGAUGGACCAUAUAAGGCCAUGGUUCUUCCUACCUCCAAAGAGGAAGGUAAAGGUUUGAAGAAAAGAUAUGCUGUUUUCAACUUUGACGGUUCGCUAGCCGAAUUGAAAGGUUUCGAGUUGAAAAGACGUGGUGAGCUGCAAUUGAUCAAGAACUUCCAGUCUGACAUCUUCAAGCUUUUCCUGGAGGGCGACUCGCUAGAAGGUUGCUACAACGCUGUGGCUAACAUUGCCAACAGAUGGUUGGAUGUUUUGGAUAGUAAGGGAAAGAUGCUCGAGGAUGAGGAUUUGAUUGAGUUGAUUUGUGAAAACAGAAGUAUGUCCAAGACUCUGGAAGAAUAUGAAGGUCAAAAAUCCACUUCCAUUACCACUGCAAAGAGACUCGGUGAAUUCUUGGGAGAAGAAAUGGUCAAGGAUAAAGGUCUUGCGUGUAAGUACAUUAUUGCCGACAGACCUGUUGGAGCUCCAGUCACAGAGAGAGCCAUUCCAACCGCCAUUUUCUCCUCAGAGCUCACUGUGAAGCGGAAAUAUCUGAGAAGAUGGUUAAUGGACCCUUCGGUGGAAGACUUUGAUCCGCGUUCGAUCAUCGAUUGGGGCUACUACAAAGAGAGACUUGCAUCUGUUGUCCAAAAGAUCAUCACCAUUCCAGCAGCAUUACAGGGAGUGAACAAUCCUGUUCCAAGAGUGUUGCAUCCAGAAUGGUUGCAGAAGAGAAUCAACAUCAGAGACGACAAGAUGAAGCAAUCGUCUUUAACUGGAUUUCUCAGAAAGGGAGUCAUGACCGAUGUGACCAACAAGGUUCAGGACAUUGAAGAUCUUGGCGCUGUUUCCACAAAUGGACCAAAAGUUGGAAAAGUCACGUCUAGAAAGAGAAAACUUGCCAGAGAAACCUCUGAUGAGUUGCAACAGCAGUUGGCCAACAAACCAUGUCCUGAUCCGUCUGACGAUUACGUUGGAUUCCUGGGACACCAGAAGCUAAAAUGGGAGAUCCAGUUCAAAGAGCGCGAGCGCAGAAAGAGACUGUUUGGUGACAGUGUUCAGUAUGGAAGCAGAACCAUUGUUGGAAACAUGGUGCGGAAGAACGCCGAGAAUUACGUCGAUUCCACCUGGCAAGUGCUUCAGUACUGCCAGAGCGAAGACAUUCCAGGAGAUUUGAAAGCGUAUGUGAUCAUCAACGGAAGAAUUCAGUCUCUGACGUUCCACAUCCCAAAGAAAGUGUAUUUGGAGUACAAGUCAGAAACAGGCCCUGAACCUAUAAUAGAGAAUGGCGAAGUGACCAAGGCCAUGGAACUGCUUCCAAGCGGCCAACAGAGUGAUAACUUAUACAAAGUUGUUAUUCCUGAGCCUGGAUUUGCUAGAGAAAUGGCAAAGACCGAUGGAUUGUUCAGCAACUCCAAUAUUGCAGGCGUCUAUGAGUCCCAGAUUCAAAGCUCCGAGCGCGCCAUCAUCGAUCUGGGAACAUGUGUCAAAUUCGACGACUCAAAACUCGGUGCUCUUGGAAAGUCUUUGGAGAAAGGAUUUGAUCAGAAGGUGUUAAGGUCUGUUGAACCAGACGCAUACCUGACUAAAUUUUCUUCAGGAGUUCUCUACUUGCUCCAUGUUUCUUCCAACUCGUACGAGAUUUUCACCUUUUUCAACCCUGCGGAGUCCACGGCCAACGUGUAUGUGCUCAAACCAACUUCCGCUGCUCAGGAACUGAAAACCAACAUGGAAUCCAUGUACGGGGAACUGUUCAACUCGAAACAGCAGUCGAUCACACAGGAUCUCAUCAACUAUAAUGGUGAAAUGAGCUUUGAAACGCAGUACUUCACCGACUCGUCAAAGCUGUACAAGAAACUCAACUCCAAGAUCCUUAGUAUCGACGAACAUAGUGCUUCCAAGUCGUUGUUGGUUCUUCAGUCUCCAUUCACAUCCAAGUUGGUGAAGAAUCUGCGUGCAGUGAACCAGCUCCCAUGUCUGAAGAUGGGAUCAGGUCCAGUUAAUGUCAAUUCUUUGUCCUGGCAUUCGCUGAUCAUGAAGCGUAUAAUCAAUCACUAUCUGUCUCUUUCGGGAUGGUUGCAGAAGAUAAUUUCUUUGGCAAGAUACAGCAACAUUCCAAUUUGCAACCUCCAGGUUGACCAGCUUGGCUAUAUGAUCGACAUCGAGUAUGCAAGAAAGUUGAAGCAGGCCAACAUUGUUCUAUGGUGGUCUCCAAAUCCAAAUCCGGACCUGGGUGGAUUGGAGAAGGACACUUUUGCUGUGGACGAGUCGUUCCAGUUCCCUGUCAUUAACAGACCAGAAACAUACGAGAGUGUCUGCUUGGAACUUGAGAUCAAGAACUUGACAAUCAACACCAUUCUGACCUCGUCCUUGAUCAACGAGGCCGAAGGUGUCUUUAGCACCACAGAUGCAAGCUCAGAAAAAGCGUUUGCAGAGGACUCCUUUUCGGGCCCUGCACUGGUGGUCCUGAGAGGAUUGGUGAAGAACUGGUGGGAUGAUGCCAUCAAGAACAGCUCUGAGGCAGACUCAAUGGUACAUGGAUUCGUUUCAUGGUGCCAGAACCCUUCGUCUUUCCUGUACGACUCUUCUUUGCACUACCACGUUCACAAUUUAACCAAGAAAUCGUUCAUCCAGCUACUUGGCGAGUUUAAGAAACUUGGAUCGUCUAUCAUAUUUGCUGACAGAAACAGAGUCAUUGUGGAGACGUCUAAGACUGCAGUUGAGAACUCUUAUGCUUACGGACAGUACGCGUUGACCGCAGUUCGUGCCAGUCCACUGUUUGGUUUCCUGGAUCUUCAGGUUGUCAAGUUCUGGGACAUACUUAUCUGGAUGGAUAAGUACAACUACAUGGGCAGAUUCUGUAACGAGAUUCGGGAAUCAGAAACUCAAAAACUGGAAGCUGUUUCCAAGUGGCAGUUGCAGCAAUACCUCCCACCAAUUCUGCAAAACGAGUUUCAAGAAUGGACGUGGCUUAUUUUGGACGCGUUCAUCAAGCACAGAGAAAAGGGACUGAGAGGAUCAACACAAUCUCAGGUUACCCAGCUUACUCCUGAUAGAAAGGCCAUUCUUAAGAACUUGAAGGAAAUCAAACAAGAAAAGGAGGGCGAGAUCUUGGACGCUGAAAUGCUCGAAACUGGACUGUGCGAGCAGUUCAGGGGUCCGCUCUUGAAACGAAUCAACACUUUGCUCAAGAAACAGAACGAGACAGGACUUGAUCCGGGAAUCAUGGAACAAUACCAGUUUCCGAAACUUCCUGGAUCGCACAUCCAUCUAUCGAAUCCAACUCUGGAGCUGUCCAAGUACUUGUGCCAAAUCUUGAGUCUGUCCAAGAGCCGCAACAUCGAGGUCCGUGUCUUGAGAAAAGAGAUUUUGUCUUUGUUUGAGAUCAAGGAAUUCAGUGAAGAGGGUGUGUUCAAGAACCCGUCAGCCAGUCUGAUCUUGCCGCAAGUCAUUUGCAACUAUUGCAACCAUAUCAAAGAUAUCGAUGUUUGCAGAGACGAUGAAAAGUCUCUGUGGAACUGCGAGGAAUGCCACAAACCAUACAACAAGCUGUUUUUGGAGGAAAAGCUGAUUUCCGAGUUCAGCAGACUGGUGUUCAAGUUCAUGACCCAGGACCUCAAGUGCUCCAAAUGCGGUAAAAUCAAAGAUAAAGAAAUCAUGGCCCACUGUUCAUGCUCUGGAACAUGGGCCCCAACAAUCAGCAAAAAACAGAUCUCUUUGGAGCUGAGGUUGUACCAGAACGUCGCUACGGUACACAACUUGAAGUUAUUAUCCGAACUCACGGAAGAGAUUGUAUAA